GUAUAGGAGAGUGGCGUCUUGUGAUCACAGUCAAAACAAAUUUGGUUGGCAACAACAAAAAUUCCAUCUGGCAUCAAUGGUUAUGUUGAAGCCCUAAAGUGACUUGUCAAAAUUGAAAGCUUGUUGUUCUUUCGUUGCGCAGUGUAGUUGUUAGCUCUGUUUUGUUGACUGUAAAUGUUUACUACUUUGUCGUGGACUGCAAUUUUCAUCUAAGGAAUCGAAAAAAUAUAUUCGAAAAUGAAGUGUUUCGCGAAGUUUUGUACAAACAAAACAACACCAGGGUUCAAGAACAUCGGAUUUUUCCGGUUCCCUGGGGAUGAGGACCUACAAUCUGUUUGGAAAAAGUUCUGUGGCGUUUCAGAUAAUUUCGAAAUCACAGCAUGUAGCAGAGUGUGUAGUCAAGGGGAAAAUCAUGAAGCGGCGAAUGGCAAUUCCAGUGUACGAAUUUGUUCCGCAGAUUGCCGACUUCGCUCUCGAGAACGAUGAUAUACCGGAUUUGAACUCUACCCUCGAAACAUCUGGCACAACACUGAAUUCAAAUGCAUCCUCCCAAAAUGUGGUUCCAGUUUUUUGCUCCCCAUAUGAUGAACAUAAAGCUGUAUGCGCAAGCACAAAAAGGAAAUACGAUGGCUACGUAGAUAACCUGAACCAGGAAGUGAGAGAUUUGAAAAAACGUUGUCAUCACCUUGAGAACGUAGUGAAGCAACAGGAGCACGUCAUGCAAAAACAACAAAAGACACCAGAUCUAGCUCUCAAUGCACUCAACAGAACAUUUAACUCCGACCAAGUGGACAUGCUGUUGUACGAGAAAAAGCGUCCAAAGCAGUGGAGUGACAAAACAGUCACUGAAAGUCUGCAAACAAAAUUUGUUUGCGGAUCGAAAGGAUACGAGCACCAGAGAACUAAAUAUCCCCUCCCAUCAGAGCGCACACUUCAAAGAAGAGUAGAGGACUUGGAAUUCAAGCCAGGUAUUCUGUACGACGUACUAGAGCUCCUCAAACUCAAAGUGAACACCAUGUUGCCCGAAGAUCUUGACUGCGGCCUAAUUUUUGAUGAGAUGUCCAUCGAAGAGGCAAGAAGUUUUUGCAUUUCGGACAGCAAAUUCUAUGGAGAUAUCACCCUCCCUGGACAAGUGGGUCUUGCAAGUCAUGCUCUAGUGUUUGUCUUAGUACACUGA